AUGAUUUCUCGACCCAAGGUUAUCGUACUACCCGUUACCGGCCAAGCAAUCCAGCGUGUUGAAGCCUGGGCUGCUGCUGGAGGUGUUACUUCCAUGAAGUUCUUUGAUAAGAAGAGAGAUUUGGAGACAUUUCAAGGUGGCGAUCAAAUCGCAGGAGUGGAUGACACCGAACAAGGUUACUUAGAGGAAGCCUUUGAUCAGGACUAUGAACCUGAAGAUGAAGAUGAACGUGAUUUUAAUCUACAUGGACAAUUCGAUGAUAUUGAUGAGUCCAAAAGAAAUGAGCUCUUGGCAGAUGCAGACAAUGAUGUCGAUGAUAUGCCAGACCUCAUUGUCAGAUUCCAAGGGGAUGAUGACUAUAAAUCAGAUGACGACGAUUCGGCUGAUGAAGGCGAUGACAAGGAAGAACCUAUUGAGGAAAAUUAUGUACCCUGUAUGUGA